UACAAAUCCCUAUACCUGGGCAGGGGGAAGGAAGGAAGCAAUAGGGUCGGCUCUUGUGGCGCCGCUGCAGGGCCAGCGUUCGGAGCUGUCCCGGAAAGGGUCCGCACGUUAUCUCCGCCACAGGCUGCGCGGUGUCGGCUUUCAGCGCUUCCCUGGGAUUUACGAUACGGUGUAGUUAGCGUUUUGAGAGAGCUUCUAAAACUUGGCUUGAGGUCUUGAAGCGAAGUACAGCUCUGAGUUUGGGUUAUGUUGGUGAGAGGGCAUGGUAAAACACGUCUUCCAGACCUUCCCCUCUGCCCUUGUAGAGAGUGCAUAGGUACCGCGCUCUGUUGUGCAGGGCAUUCAACCUACAUGGACCAUAGAAACUAUACUACGUGGCGAGAGUGGUAGAUUGCAUAGUCGAAUGUGUUUCUCUGAUUUCUUAAACUAAACCAAUGUUUUAUUUUGAACUUAAGUGACAUCCCUAAAUGCCUGGCACUAGACUUAGAAGAGGACAUGGGUUUUACUUUGGAGUAGUUGUCAUGGACCACUGUUUUGAAGUGUUCAUCACUGAAGUUUGUGGCAUAAAAGAAGCUUAUGUAACUGAGGAAAACCUUGAUGCAGAGAGAUUCUCAGACUGUAAAGAAAACUGGGGAGCAGGGCACUGAGGAAGGUUACACAGAGCUUGCAGCCAGAGGAUUGCUUCAGUAUUUCCUGAACAAAAUACAUUGUGGUUAUUUUUGCAGCUUUUUUUCCCCACUUUGCAUGUUUCUCAUGUUUCUUCUUCUCUAUAAAGAAACUGUGUGGUUUUUUUCUUAUAUAGAAUUGGUCUUUCCUACAAUUUUUUCCAAGUCCUUAUCUUGUUUACGUGAUGCAUUUCUUGUCUCGUGACCAGCUGUAGUCAAGAUGUCACCAUCCAUGUGUGUGUAAAAGAUAACAAGUAAACUGAAAGAUGGUCCUAUGUUUACUUCUUACUGCUCACUGAAUCAGGAUUCAGGUUUUUUUCUCCCUAAUAUUUAAGAGAACAGUGAAUUUUCUGUUACACCCAAUGAUUUAAAGCAGUAGUGAAGAGCUUAGACAUAUUUCUCAGCUUUCUGUUGUCCCAGAACAUGUCUUCAGUGUGGUUUAGCAAAAUUGGAAAUUGUCAGAAUAUAGAAACAGAGUUUGAUUCAAGCAUAAGCUUAAAUCGUCCCAGAAGGAUAAGGUCCGCCAGUUUAUGGCAUUUACCCAGGCUGGUGAAAGGACUGCUAUAUACUGCUUAAUGCAGAAUGAGUGGAAACUAGAAGUGGCAACAGACAACUACUUCCAGAAUCCAGACUUGUACUACAAAGAAUCCAUGAAAAAUUCAGUAGACAAGAAGAAAUUAGAACAAUUGUAUAAUCGAUACAAAGACCCACAAGAUGAAAACAAAAUUGGAAUUGAUGGGAUUCAACAGUUCUGUGAUGAUUUAAGCCUGGACCCAGCCAGUAUCAGUGUUCUGGUUGUAGCAUGGAAGUUCAGGGCAGCUACUCAAUGUGAAUUCAGUAAAAAGGAAUUUAUUGAUGGCAUGACAGAGUUGGGGUGUGACACCACAGAAAAACUAAAAGCACUGUUGCCAAGACUGGAACAGGAGCUAAAGGAUCCAACAAAGUUUAAAGAUUUUUAUCAGUUUACUUUUAACUUUGCUAAAAACCCUGGACAAAAAGGUCUAGAUCUAGAAAUGGCAAUUGCAUACUGGAAUUUAGUCUUGUCAGGAAGAUUUAAAUUUCUAGAUCUUUGGAAUAAAUUUUUGUUGGAACAUCAUAAAAGAUCGAUUCCAAAAGAUACUUGGAAUCUUUUGUUAGACUUCGGAAAUAUGAUUGCGGAUGAUAUGUCCAACUAUGAUGAAGAAGGAGCGUGGCCUGUUCUUAUAGAUGAUUUUGUGGAAUAUGCACGACCAGUAGUCACAGGAGGAAAACGUAAAUCUUCCUAACCCUCGACUUGUCAGUGUGGACUAAACGUGCACUCUGAACUGCAUUAGGUAACGAAGAUUUCUUGACUGAUAACUUUGUACAGCAUUGCUGGUUUCAGCGGUCGUGAUGAGACUGUGGAGAGAAUACUGAAAUUCUUCCUUUUUUGCCUAAAGAAAAUCAUGGCUGGCUUGUGGACACCUCAAGAACAAACUCAGAAGAUAGUCCAGGCUGUUUGUAGGCUACUGGCUGCAAUUAUUAUACUGGUUGUAUCGUAUAGGCUGUAGAUUUUGCAUGAUUUUAUACUUUGGAGAAGUGUAACUAGAGGCCAUGUUAUCAAAGUUUUGACAGCACAGCAUGCCAUUCAGUUCAUGAUCCAAAGUGAACACCAGCAGUUACAUAAAUAAAGCUGUAUUAUAUUGUACUUAAAAUAAAAGCAGUAUUUGUGGUAUAUAAAUUAAAUCCCUAAAUUAAACUUAUGCAGUAUGUUGUAUUUUUAUGAAAGUUGGUUCCAUGGAUCUGUCCUGAUACAGAAUUGUAACAGAACAAAAAAAACGUAAUUUUGGCUUUUUUCACUUGUCAGAAUUUUAAAUUUUUAUGUUGAAGUCCUGGAUGUAUAGAUUUAUUACAUCCAGCCUUUUGUUUUCUUUCAGUGAGUUGAACUUCCUCAUUAUUCUUGGAGUACUUGGACUUGUAACAGUAGCAUUACUGAGGAAGGGCUCCUGCUCUGUGCUGUGCUGCAACUACAGAUUGGUUUUGGUUUUGGGUUGUUUUUUUUUUUAAUCGUUUUUAAGUAGACAACCAAAGAUGCUUUUGUAAUUUGUGUUUGAUUUAUCAUAAUUCAGUUAAGUGUUUUAUUUAUUUAAAAUAAUGGUCUGGUGGAAUGGAAUAUAACAUUUAGUUUUAUCUGUAGCCUGGAACAUAUCAUAAAUUCUAGCUAAAUGCAGCAUGGUUGUGAAUGCAAUUCCUGACAUGUCCAACAGAAAGGAAGUGCAAAUAAGCUAAAGACUUAACCAGCUGGCUUUUACUUUGGAAAAAUAGUAAGGAGACUUUAUAUUGAUCAUAAUUGCCAUUCAUGCCUCUGGGUGUACCAUGCAUUCAGUUUUUAUUUAAGGGAAAAAUAAUAAGUUAGUGUAGUAUUAUUGAUCUUAAGGCUAAUAGAAUUGGACUGCUUUUCACCAAAUCUAAACUUCUGCUGUCAUUUCUUCCCCCCUUUCACCAGCCAUUGAUUAUGAAGUGUACAGAGGUCAGUCUCCUUUCUCAACAGUCUUCACAUGGUUAAGCACAAAAAAUAUUUUUAUCAGAAAUUACUAAACCUGUCUUCACACAGGGCUCUUUUAAAUGCUACCUCAUCAGAAUGAGUUUGUCAUAGCCACUGUAAAGGAUUGUUGAAGAUUUUUGAAAGAGUAUGUACAGCUAUGAUUAAUAUAUUUUCUGUAGUCAGAGCUGAAUAGAUGGAAGAGCUUAAUGCACUAUUUUAGAUAAAAUUUGUAUCUGGAUCACAUCAGAUCAGUCAAGUAUUACAUGACAGCAUACUAUUUAAUUUCAUAGAUGUGAGGGUAUGAAAGCUUACAAUAUUCUCUUAAACUCUAAUAUUUAGAGUUCAAUAUAAGCAGUCAACUUUCAUUUGUCUCAAUGUGGCUGAGAAGAGCAAAUGCAGGUGCUAUGUACAGAAGGAUCACCUUCAUUCUUCUGCCUGAGAGAAUUUCAGUUUUGUGUGACUUUUAACAAGCAGGGUUAGGACAUAUGUGAACAAAUCAGCACAUGUUCAGUUAAGAACGUAGCAGGCAAGGUACAAACGCCCUAGGAGUGAUUUAUUGGUAGUCUUUUUACCCGCAGCAGUCUCUAGAGCUGCGGGGUCUUCCAUGGCCGCCACUAGGUGUCACUGUCCUGGUCCCCAGCUGCCCCUCUCUGAUCUGUAGAGUUAAGGAGUAAUAAAACAAAUUAGUAAUUUCUGGCUUUUUAGAAGAGUGUUUGUGUGCAUACAUCCAUGUAUUCUGCAGAAUUCAACAGAGAUUUAAAAACAGCAUUGUCCUCUUUUUAAUGCAUUUGAUUUGCCUGCUUUUCCUUCCCAAAAUGAGCCAUUUCUGUAUCUUUCAUGUGGAGUUGGGAGAAUUUAACAUCUCAUAACAUCAGCUGUGUUUAUCCAGUCAAAAGCAGUGGAAUGCCUUUUUUUUUUCUUUCCCCCACAAUUGCCACUUAAAAUAUGUAGCUCUAAUAUAACUGGCGAAAAGUAAUUUAAUCUGUGAUGUAACUGAAUAGUUUUAUAGCUCUAGAGCUUGUGAAACAUCUAUUCAUGCUGAGGACUCCUUCAAAUCAACCUGAUGAACCUUCUACCUUUUAAAAUAAAUAGAGCAUAAAAAAUGCCCAUGAGUUGAGGUUUCUUGCCUUGUUAAUCUAAGGAAGAAGGAAGAUGCUUACCACAGUGUUCAGUUUCCUUAUGUGUAUGCACUUACUCAGUUUAUCUUAAGUCUCAUUCCUAGUGAGGAUCCUUCAUGGAAGACAUCUUCCAACAGAGGAAGACUGGGCAAAUUACUCUCAAGAUGUGAGUUGCUCUUUAUCAGCCAGCAUCAUAGGCAUAGUACACUUUUCCCUUUUGCUCUUCCUAAGUUUUCUAUCCAUUUGAAACCACAUAUGCAUUUUACAUUCCCGUAAAUAAUAGCAUGAAGUAGCACCUUCACACUUGAACAAUCAUAAGGUUAAAUGCAAAUAAACUGCUUUCAAAUUAUGAGUUCCUGAGGUUCCUUGUGUAUUUUAAUUAUUUGCUGCUGUCCACAGUUCCACAUUACAGGGCACUCUGAGACUCACUUUUUAGGUAAGCUGAUGCAGUGGUAACACCUAGGCUGAUAAAUUUAUAAUCAUAAAUGGUACAGAUGUCUUCAAGUUGUUCAGUGCAUACAGUAUUAUGUCUUAAAUAUGCUGUAUGUAUUUUUAAACUCAGUGCCAGGUUGUUUGAUUUUACAUCCUACAGUGUUUGAAACUGAGCCAUAGGAUUUGUACUGGCCAAUUCUAAAUUUAAAUGUAAUUUGUCAUGUAUGUCAUGUCAAGGAGAGCAAACCUGCAGGAAUCUGCUCGUUUGGUGCACCUGAGAGAUUUGCUGCUGAGUAAGCUGAAUGUGUGUAAAUUUUGUGGCAAUGAAAAAAAGAAUAAAUGGACUGUUGACAUAAAGUA